UAUCCCUUUAGAAAAUAAAAAGGGAAGCUCCGUCCGUAUUAGCCAAAACAGGCCUGGCGUCGGAUUCUGCGCCUGUUCAGAAUCCCAAGUCAGAGCAUUUUGGGAAGAUGCAGUACGGUUGCGACCACUAUAGGAGGCGAUGCAAAAUCCGAGCCCCUUGCUGCGACCAGAUUUUUUCUUGCCGCCAUUGCCACAACGACGCCACGAGCUCGCUAAGCAAUCCAAAAGAGCGCCAUGAAAUUGUGAGGCACGAUAUUAAGCAAGUUGUCUGUUCGAUUUGCAAUACCGAGCAAAAGGUUGCUCAGGUCUGUUCUCAUUGUGGUGUUAAAAUGGGAGAGUAUUUUUGUGACAUUUGCAAGUUCUAUGAUGAUGAGACCGAAAAGAAACAGUAUCAUUGCAAUGAGUGUGGAAUUUGUAGAGUUGGUGGUCGUGAGAAUUUCUUUCACUGUAAGAAGUGUGGGUCUUGCUAUACAGUGAAGUUACUUGAUAAUCACCCAUGUGUAGAAGACUCAAUGAAGUGUCAUUGUCCUGUUUGUUACGAGGUUUCUGCUCCAACCAUGCAUUGGCACAACGAUUAUAAAGUGUGGACAUACAAUGCAUGAAGAAUGCUUGAAGGAGAUGGUAGAGCAACAUUAAUAUCGCUGUCCCAUUUGCUCCAAGACUAUGUUUGACAUGUCUGAAGAUUGGGAAUCGUUGGAUGUUGAGGUUGCGAUCUGGUUUCUUGAGAGGGUCCAGCACCUGUGUAGCCUCUUUUGGUGCAGCUGCAUCAGUGCGAUGUCUUUUCCUCGUGGGAUCAGUGUAGCCCUCAAACCAAUCUGGCUUGCGUCUUUGGCGUCUAGUCCUCUGAAACCGAACCCCAGCAAUAUCCUCAAGGUUGACAAUAACGACUCACGGAGUCCCAGCAUCAGGUGUCACAAUGAUGGUAGGAGGUGUAGUUGGAUCAUCAACAUAGUCCAGAGUAAUAUCCAAUGACUCUAAGUCUAAAUCUUCAUUGGAGCCUCUCGGUUUCUCCUUAAUAAAUGUCAGGAUCUGACUAACUACGUCCAAGAUCACUGACUGGUUCUUCGGGAGGGUCUCCUGUCGACCCUCAAUUCUGUCCAAUCGCUCAAUCAAGUCGGCGAGCUCAGGGGCUGAGGCUGAGGCUGAGGCUGGUGUUGGGGUUGACGCUGAGGCUGGGGCUGAUGUUGGGGCGAAGGCUGAGGCUGGGGCAUCAGGAGGGGUGGGACCUGCAACCUCCUCCCCCGGGGUAGCAUCAUCAAAUAUCCUUGCUGCCUUGGCUGCCUGAGAAACUAUCUCCGCGAUUUUCUCAAAAGUCGCAUCCUCCUCUUCAUCAGCCUUCGAGGGAUCCUGGCCAAGCCCAGGAUAAAUGGGAAGAUCUCCCUCUGUCAAAGACAAAUAGUAGUUUUUUUUUUCUGCUGGUCGAGGCUUCGACAUCGGAAGGACAAUCAACUGCAAACAACAUAAAACAUUUGGUUAACUCAAAUAAUGAUAAAAGAUAAGAAUAUAGAUAAAAACAUUGUUUAAUGUCAAUCAAAUAUAACUUACAUUCUUCUGCGAUAACAUCGGUGAGGUGACGGACUUGGUGAAAUCCUUGUUCCUCCGAUGCGACCAACUAAGCAUCAUCAGGACCAUGUUUCUCGAGCUCACAACAAACUUCGUCGCAAGCUGCUGGAUAGCCUCAUAUGUCCAAUACUGUAAGGUUGGGGCAUAACCAUACAUACUGUAUUUGGCCUCUUGCUGCACCUUGGCAUCCUUCUUGGCAUCAUAGUUGGUCUUUUGCUUCACCAUGUCCUUCUUACAAGACUGCAAUAGCCUCCUAUAAGAGUAUUUCCCCCAUGGAUAGCUGAAGAAGUACUCUACGUCCUCAACAAUUUUCAGAAUAUCUCGCCAAAUGUGCAACUUUCCCUCAAUGGCAUUCAGAAUCCCCUCAACAAACAAACAUAGACCAAGCUUGUACACAUCUUCCACAACCGUACAAGUCUUGAAAGCAUGGUCCACCUGUGAGAGCUUUACUUUCUCAGCAUCGUUGAAAUACUCCUUUAUCAACCGGUCGCUAAAAUUACGCCCUUCCAACUCUUCUGGUGACGGAAAGGUACUGAAAUUCAACCCCGUCACCAGGGCAAACUCUCCCAUGUCGAAUCUACAAGACUUCGUCCCUAAGAAAAAAUGCACCUCAUCUUCGUUGUUGAUGACGAUUUUCCUCAGCAACAGUUGAUGCACCAAGACUCCGGAGAAAUUAAACUCUGAAGCCAAAAAGAACUGCUUGAAAGGGGAUUCCUUAGUUCUUUCAAGCAGCCCGAGCUCCACAAACCUAGUCUUAAUGUGAUUUAAAGUGCUACUACCCCGAUAUGUCACUCGACCAGGAAAGUGAUCACUAAACGGAAGAAGCAACUUAGGCAUCUGCAACAACACAUGAAAAUUUUUUGGUAAGAAAACAAAUUGUCAAAUAGAAUAUGGAAAAAAUUAAAAAAAAAAUCAUCAAAAACCGAAAUAAACACUGCCAUCGAGCUUAUAUCGGCCUGUUAUCGAGCCCAAUCGAUCCCUAUCGAGCUCAAUCGAUCUAUUCAUCGAGCCUCUGUCGAACUUCCUUCGAGCCACUAUUAAACCUAAUCUUUAGUAUACCAUCGAUCUUAUAUCGAGCUAAUGUCGAGCCUCCAUCGAGCCUAACUAUAUCAAGCCUACUAUCGAACCAUUCAACUACCCUAUCGAGCUCAUAUCGAGCAAGUAUGAACCAUUCAACCUACCCUAUCGAGCAAGUAUCGAACCAUUCAACCUACACCAUCGAGCUCCUAUCGAACCAUAAUCGAGCCUAUCUAGCUUAUUUUAUCUAUUACCAAAGAUCACUCUAGCCAUUAUCGAACCUGUAUUGAAUCUAUAUCGAACCUAUCGAGCUACUGGUGCAAAACCAGAAAAAAAAUCCCCAAAAAACGAUGAACACAAUCCACAGAUCACAAAUUCAACAAUAUGCUCUAUCAAAAAUUGAAAUGGGUUCGAGAUUUUACCUUUGAUUGUCAAACUUUGGAGGAAAUGGGUCAAUGUGGGUCUCGUAAUCGCCGUGGGUCUCGAUUCUGAUGGAGAGAUGGGAGAGCGGGUCUUGGUUUUGCCGUGGAUCUCAGUUUCGACUAUGGUGGGCUCGAUGGAGGUGGUGGCUCAACGGAGGUGGGCUCGACAGAGGUGGGGGCUCGAUGGAGGUGGGCUUGACAGAGGUGGGAGUUGAACGUCUCUGGGUUUUUUGUGAGUGGGAGAGAGAGAGAAACCAAGAGAGAAGUGAGAUAUUGAUUUUUUUGCUCGAUGGAGGUGGGCUCGGCAAAGGUGGGAGUUGAAUUUCCUCUGGGUUUUUUGUGAGAGUGGGAGAGAGAGAGAAACCGAGAGAGAAGAGAGAGAAGUGAGAUAUUGAUUUUUUUGGGUGUGGAAAAAUGAGAAGGGUAUUUUUGGAAAUAGGGGAAUGUUUAGCAUCAAUUUGAAAUUGUAAUUAGUACUAGAAUUGUUAUGUAAUUAUCCCUAUUAGUAUGUAUAAAAAGUGAAAUUUUCCCUUA